AUGAGGGAUGAUCAUAAUAGAGUUUACAAGUUGCUUUCAGAUAUAAUUGAAGGCAAAGAAGGAAGAGUUCGUGAGACUCUGCUUGGUAAACGGGUCGAUUAUUCAGGGCGGUCCGUGAUUGUCGUGGGCCCUUCACUUUCAUUACAUCGAUGUGGAUUGCCUCGCGAAAUAGCAAUAGAACUUUUCCAGGCAUUUGAAAUUCUGGAUGACCAUCCUGUAUUGCUGAAUAGAGCGCCUACUCUGCAUAGAUUAGGCAUACAGGCAUUCCUCCCCGUUUUAGUGGAAGGGCGCGCUAUUUGUUUACAUCCAUUAGUUUGUAAGGGCUUCAAUGCAGACUUUGACGGGGAUCAAAUGGCUGUUCAUGUGCCUUUAUCUUUGGAGGCUCAAGCAGAGGCGCGUUUACUUAUGUUUUCUCAUAUGAAUCUUUUGUCUCCAACUAUUGGGGAUCCGAUUUCGGCACCAACUCAAGAUAUGCUUAGUGGACUCUAUGUCUUAACGAGUGGAAAUCGUCGGGCGCAAUAUGGAGGUACUGAUGGCAGAACGGCCCACUCAGGUCUUUCACAAUAA